AACAAAUAAACUUUAGUAACAGUUGUCUGCUCUUUAGUGAGACAAGAGCUGCGAGAAGAAGCGGAAAGCGGACGAACAAAUAAAAAACCGGCAUUACUUGCUCUAAUCGUUUUCGAGCUACAAAAUCAAUAUUGGUCUAUUUUGCCAGGUAGAAGUAAUGUCCGCAUCUCCCAUGGCCAGACAGGUGGCCGAUACGAAAGCCAUCCCCAUUAAACGAGUGCUAGUGAACGACCCUUCUGAGAUGCCGAAUCAUUAUUCGUCCACCCCAGGGGGCACACUUUUCUCCACAACUCCAGGAGGUACCAAGAUAGUGUACGAGAGGAACUUCCUCAUGAACCUCCGCAACUCGCCGAUCUCCAAGACGCCGCCAAAAUUUGACAUUCCGGAAGCGCUACUGAGGAAUUCCGGCAGCCCUCCGAAAAAACAAAACCAAUCGAAUAACAAAAACAAAUACGUGUCGAGGAGGCGAAACUCCAAUACCAAUCCGAGGAAGGGCAGCAAAGACGACGACGAUCAUCAGUUCCAAAUGGACCUUUAGUAUACCGCCCCAGUUGUGGCGCCACCUGUUGCGCUCGCUUUUAAGCUCGAAAGCGAAGUCGGACAUUUCGCAUAUAGAUGGGGGACGCGGCGUUCAUAUUCCUUUACCCGUAAUUUUAAUGAAAUUGGACUGCAGCGCAGGGCCCAGACUAUUUUUUCGGGUAAUAACUUGUGCCUUUUGUUAAGUUUUGUGUUAUUACUUACUUUUAAUACAAAAAUGCGUUUUAUAACGAUCGA